AUGACACCCCCGAUCGCAACCGAUCUAGCCGGCUCCGUCAGCGCCCAGGCUCAUGAGCUGCACCGGACAGCUCGCGCCGAGAAGGCGAAAGUGAAGAUGACUGUGCUCGAGCAGCCUGUCUUCAAAGAUAAGAUUGAGGAACGCGAGUACCUGAAAGGUCGUCUCGCCGCCGCGUUCCGCAUUUUUGGCAAAUUUGGCUAUGAUGAAGGCGUUGCUGGGCACAUUACCCUUCGGGACCCUGUGGAACCGACGACAUUCUGGGUGAAUCCGUUCGGCACCGCUUUCUCACUGAUGAAGGCUUCCGACCUCAUUCGGGUCGAUCACCUCGGCAAGGUGAUUGAGGGUGGAAAGAAUCGCAUGCUCAACGCCGCGGCAUUUAUGAUUCAUGAAGCUAUUCAUGAAGCUCGACCUGAUGUUAUCUGUGCAGCUCAUUCACACAGCCUUUAUGGACGGGCAUUUUGCUCGUUGGGUAGACCACUUGAUAUUAUCACCCAGGAUUCCUGCGCUUUCUACAACGAUCAUGUGGUUUAUAAUCAGUUUAAUGGCGUCGUGCUGGAAGAGGAUGAAGGUGUACAAAUUGCCGAGACUCUAGGAAACAAGAAGGCGGCUCUCCUGCAGAACCACGGUCUGCUGACAGUUGGACAAUCGGUUGAGGAAACGGUCUUCUGGUUUGUUAGCUUGGAGAAAUCUUGCCAUGCACAGCUCUUGGCAGAUGCGGCGGCUGCAGGCCGGGGUGGAGCAACCGUUAAAAUUGACGAUGCCGACGCGGCCCUGACAUACAAAACAGUGGGGACCCCCAAGGCUGGAUGGUUCAGCGCUAAGCCAUUAUUUGACGUGAUCCACCGAGAGACCAGGGGCGAGUACUUGGAAUAG